AUGCCGGAGCCUCCCCCUCUCCGGGCGGGACUGAGCCGGCUGGAUAUCCAGCGCUACUCGCGGCAGCUGGUGCUGCCGGAGCUGGGCGUGCGCGGGCAGCUGCGGCUCUCCUCGUGCGCGGUGCUGGUGGUGGGCUGCGGAGGGCUGGGCUGCCCGCUGGCGCAGUACCUGGCCGCUGCGGGCGUGGGACGCCUGGGGCUGGUGGACCACGACGUGGUGGAACUGAACAACCUGCACAGGCAGGUGUUGCACCGGGAAAGCCGUCUGGGCCACUCCAAAGCGCGCUCGGCGGCCGCCGCGCUGAAAGAGCUGAAUUCCGCCGGGCGGUACGAAGCUCACGAGCUGGCGCUGAGCCCCGCCACCGCCCUGGAGCUGGUCGGGGCCUACGACAUCGUGGCCGACUGCUCCGACAACGUGCCGACCCGCUAUCUGGUCAACGACGCCUGUGUGCUAGCUGGCAAGCCCUUGGUGUCGGCCAGCGCCUUGCGCUUGGAGGGUCAGUUGGCUGUAUACAACUUCCAAGGGGGCCCCUGUUACCGGUGCCUCUUCCCCAAGCCCCCUCCUCCUGAGACGGUCACCAACUGCGCCGACGGCGGGGUCUUGGGGGUUGUGCCCGGCGUCCUCGGCUCCCUCCAGGCCCUGGAGGUGCUCAAGAUGGCUUCGGGGAUAGGAUCCUCCUUCGGUCGGUCGAUGCUGCUCUUUGAUGCCCUUGAAGGACGCUUUCGCCACAUCAAGCUCAGGCCCAGGGAUCCCAAGUGCGCCGUGUGUGGGGACCGGCCCUCCCUGACGACCCUGCAGGAUUAUGAAACGUUCUGUGGAUCUUCAGCAACCGAUAAGUGUAGGACGUUGCGCUUAUUGUCCAGUGAAGAGAGGAUUUCUGUAGAGGAAUACAGAAAGAUUCUGGACAACCAGGUUGCUCACGUACUGGUGGAUGUUCGUCCCCAAGUCGAAGUGGAGAUCUGUUGCUUGCCCAAAUCCCUCCAGGUGCCCUUAAAUAAACUAGAAAGAAAAGAUGAAGAAUGUCUGAAGUCUUUGUACCAGAAGAUACAUGAAGAGAAGCAGAGGACUGAUGGCACUGUGGCAUUUCCAGUGUAUGUUGUCUGUAAAUUAGGAAAUGACUCUCAGAAAGCAGUGAGAAUAUUGCAGGAAUUGCUUUAUGAUGAAGGAGGCUUAAUUUCAGUUAAGGAUAUCAAAGGAGGACUCAUGGCAUGGGCUGACAAAGUUGACCAAGAUUUUCCUCAGUAUUAAUGUUUUCUAAUAGUAAUAAUGUAAAUUCAUUGAUUUCCUUGGUUUUUGGAAAGGGAUUUAUUAUUAUAACAAGGUAAUAUGUUUAUAUCUUCAUUUGGUUGUCUGUGGAAAUCUCACUUUAAACUACUUAAUUCUUCAAAUAAAUACUUUUUUCAAAGUAUUCCUCGGAGUCCUAGGUUCCAUAAGAAUGUAAGAGAUUAAGAGGGGGAAAAUGGUUGAUAUUGAUACAGCCAGGGCCAUCUAUUGAGGAAAAGGCAAAAAAUACACCAUAGCUGCUACUUUGUUGCAAAGAGUU